AUGUCCACGGCCGUCCGAGCGACUGCCCUGCGCGCAGGUGGCGCCUGUGUGCGCUGCCGCAAGGGCAAGACCAAAUGCGUCUACGAAAACGGACGCGCACCUUGCAAAAACUGCGCCAAGGGCAUGCACGAAUGCUAUCUGCCCUCCGAGUCGAUGGGCCAUGGCGGCCACGGCAUCUCGCCGGCGCGCCUCCCCCAGCGCGCACGAGAGUCCCUUCCCUCUGAGGGUCGCCCAGUCGCCACAGACAGACCGGUUCAGCCCGCCCCGGUUUCGCGUCACGCCGCGACCUCGAGCGAAAAGCUCACUCCCGAGUUGAUGGCCGAGUGCGAGCGGGUCAUUUCCAAGACGCUGCCCGCCUGCGUCGCCUUCCACAAGCCGUCAUUCCUGCAACAGCUGAAGAGCACCACCAUGGACCCGACCAUGGUCCAUGCCCUUCUCACCACCGCCGCUCGGCACUCGCCUGUUAUGAUUCGUCGCUAUGGCGGCCACGGAGGUGGCACGGCAGCAGCUGAGCAUUUUGCGCUCAAGACGAUCAAUCUCAUCAUGCAGUCGCUCGACCACCCGAGCCUUGCCGACAUCCAGGCCCUGUGCCUGCUUGUCAUUCAUGAGUGGGGCUGUCGCAACGCUGUCCGGGCCUACAUCUACCUCGGCCAAGCUGCUCGCAUGGCCCAGAUGUACAACAUUGUGCAGCAGAGCCAUGCCGCUGCCGACCCGGAGCAGUUCCUCAAGCAGGAGUCGUUCCGCCGCACUCUGUGGCUCAUCUACAUUCUCGACUGCUUCCUGACCAGCAGCCCCGGCCGCCACCCGGCUCUGUCCUCGCACGAUGUCAAUGACGUGGCCCUUCCUUGCCAGGACAUGAACUACCAUUUCGGGAGCCCCGUCUACGUUCGCACUCUCAGCGGCACCACGCCCAGCAACGCCCCGGACCCCACCAUGGCGCCGGCCGACGUUGGCGAGUUUGGCCAUAUUGUCCUGGCCACCAGGGCCUGGCGCAACGUGGUCGAGAUGAUGACCACUACGACCAUUGACACCUUUUCCGAGGAGCAGUGCGUCGAGCUGGAGCGCGACAUCGAGGCCAUCAGCCAGUCACUGCCCAUGCACUUUGCCGAGAAGCCUGGCCAGGUCAGCCUGCACAUCACCAUGGGGAGUGGCUUCACUUAUGCCAUGAUCCAUUGUCUCCUGCACUGCGCCACCAUCUUUGUCAACCGCCGGCGCAUUCUGCAGCAGGUUACAACCGAGGGGUUCAACGUCGAGGCUUGGCGCGUCUCGUCGCACACGUACAUGGUAGAUCGCAUCUUCAGCGCCUCCCACAACAUCAUCUCGAUGCUCAUUGCUCUCGAGAACGGUGCUGAUAAGGACAGCCUGUUGUGCUUCCCCAUCUUCAUGCUCUUUGCGGCAUUCACGGCUGGCUCCACCGUGGCCUAUCUGUACCUGAAGGGACUCGCCCCGCCCAACGCCACCGAGACUGCUUCGCACAUCGUGCGCGACAGCCUGCGGCUCAUGCAUGACGGCGCCGAGUCCUGGCCUCUGGUGGUCCCGUGGAACCGCCACCUCUCUGUCAUGGCCAAGGUCCUUCGGGACGUGAACUCGCGCGACGAUCGCUCGGCCUCCCAUGACGAGAACAAGGCCCCUCGGCAGGACUCGCCCUACGUUAGGGACGAUGUCGCGUCGCAGCCCGACACCAACCCUGAUGCCAUGGACUACGAGCAGCAAUCUCAGGCUCGCAACUCGCAGGAGCCGGCUCCCAAGCCCGAGAACCGCGACAGCGAGCCGCCCGUCCAGCGGCGCCCGGGCAUCGCCACCAUCAAUGGCGGCUCUGCCGGCGCAUCGACCCCGGCCACCAGCAGCCCACCUCCUGUCAACCCCGCCGCCAAGGUUGAAUCGCCCGAGCCUCAGUCCAGCCAUUCGGCGGCCGGUGCCCCAGCACCGAACCACCAGAAUGGACCUACCGUCGAGAUCACGGCCAAGGAGCUCUGCAAUGCGUUUGAGCGUCAGCUCCUGGAGCUCGACGACCUGGCGGCAUUCAUGGGCGGCGGUGUGUAA